UAAUUAAUAAAAACACGAAAUUUGGCUGUGGUAGUCGCUGUCGGAGUUUCCAGAAUACGUUUCCUCCGUCGACGUCGAACUGUCGAAGCAUAGGGGUGUGGUGAGUGAGUGGAAAAUGGGAGUGGGGUGGAGAUGGCUGGGAACCAUAUGGGUGUAUUGGAUGAUUUUAGGGCUUCAUCUCCUCGCCAUUCUCUUUUUCACCAAAGGAUUUCUUCUCACUCGAACUGAGCUUCCUUAUUACAGUAAUUGCUCCGACGUUACCCAAUCCCCUUGCUUUUUCACUUCUCACAUUGAUGAUGCUAAUCUCAAUCAAACGCAUCACCAUUGUUGGACCAAGCCUGCUGUUACCCGAGUAAUCAUUAUUGUUCUCGAUGCCCUCAGGUUAGCAUGUCGAAAUAAACGAUUAGGAAUAGUUAAUUAUGUUCCAGAAAACUCUUUACAUACCGACGAUAAUUUUAAAUUGGUGUCAGAAUCGAAACCAUGGAUGGACAAAUUACAAGUGUUACAAGAACUGGCAUCUCAAAACCCGUCAUCGGCUAGAAUCUUUAAAGCCAUUGCCGACCCGCCAACUACUAGUUUGCAGCGUUUGAAGGGUUUAACCACUGGUGGGCUACCAACCUUUAUCGAUGUUGGGAAUAGCUUUGGUGCUCCUGCAAUUAUUGAAGACAAUUUAAUUCAUCAACUAGUUCAAAAUGGAAAACGAGUCACAAUGAUGGGGGAUGAUACAUGGAUGCAGUUGUUUCCUCAUCAUUUUGAAAAAUCUCAUCCUUUCCCCUCAUUUAAUGUUAAAGAUCUACAUACGGUAGAUAAUGGAUGCAUAGAUCACCUUCUUCCGUCAUUGUAUCAAGAAGACUGGGAUGUUCUUAUUGCUCAUUUUCUUGGUGUGGAUCACGCUGGACAUAUUUAUGGGGUUGAAUCCGUACAAAUGAUUGACAAAUUAGAGCAAUACAAUGUUGUUCUACGGAAAGUAAUUGAAGUGCUGAAGAAUGAGUCUGAACCUGGUGGACUACACGAGAAUACUCUUCUGUUUGUGAUGGGUGAUCAUGGACAGACCCUAAAUGGAGAUCAUGGAGGGGGUACUCCUGAAGAAGUGGAAACAUCAAUCUUUGCCAUGAGCUUUAAGAAGCCUCCGGCUUCUAUACCAUCCACAUCUAGUACUUCUUCUUGUGAACUCAAAUCGGAUGAGAAGAAUUUGUGUAUCAAUUCCGUCCAACAGCUUGACUUUGCAGUGACAGUUUCUGCUCUGCUUGGUAUCCCCUUUCCUUUUGGAAGCAUUGGGCAUGUAAAUCUAGAUUUAUAUGCUUUAGGGGCGGGAGGAAGGAGUUUUAAUGGAGAUGUAGAAUUCUGUGAGUAUCAGUCUGAAUUAGGAGAAUGGAUGUGGCAUUACGUCAACGCUCUCUGUAUCAACUCUUGGCAGGUGAAAAGGUAUAUGGACAUUUAUUCUGCUUCUUCUGUUAUUGGAUUCUCUGGUGAAGACCUGUUCCAUGUUGCAGACCUUCAUGCUAAAGCAGUGGAGAAAUGGUCAUAUACGAAGAAUUUUUUUGUUAACAAAAAUGAAAGCUGCAAUACAGUAUUGCCUGCUCUUAAGAGCCAGAUUGAUGCAUAUUCUAAUUUCCUAUCAAGUGUUAAAGAGCUAGCACGCUCCAAGUGGACUGAAUUUAAUUUAAAGACAAUGGCUGUUGGUUUUGGCAUUAUGCUAUUAUCGAUUUUCAUUCAUAUGCUUGCUCUCACAGAGGUGAAAAAGAAAAAUGGCAUUUCUUUUUCACCAUCACAAGAUUCCGGAAUUUCCUUCGGGCUGUUUUGUGCUUGUUUUAUGGUUGCAAUACGUGCUUUCAGCUUCUUCUCGAAUAGUUAUAUCUUGGAAGAGGGAAAAGUGGCAUGCUUUCUUUUGGCCACAAGUGCAGUUGCUAAGUUAAGAAAUUCAGUACUAAAGAAAAAACUGAUAUUGCAAGUGUUUGUUUUUCUUCUUGUAAUCAUUAUUGGCAGGUUUACAAUUGAAGUAGGAUUAUCAAAGCAAACUCCCGAUUUUGAUUUUUUAAACAUUUUCCCCUCAUGGAUGCCCAGGAUUGCCUUUGGUCUUCCAGUUUUGUCAUUUGUAACAGAUGUGGUGCCAGUCAUUUGCUUGAUGUUAUUAGCAAUCUUCUUGUAUAAGACUUUAAGUAGUAGCAUUUCUGAGGGACUAUGGAAAUAUGUUAUCAGGGCAACUAUAUUAAGUUAUAUGCUCAUAGCAGUUCAUUGGGCUUCAGAAAGUAAUCUGUGCGGUCUAGCUUGGGUAUUCAAAGGCAUUGGACGAAAUUUGAUUCCUCAAAUGGUUUAUGCAUUGGGAUUCACACAAUUACUGUUACUAAUAUGUCGGCAGUCUUCCAAAGAGGGAUCCCUUUACUCCUCAAAAAGCUUUAUUACUAAAGCUGUGGCAUUGUUAUCUACAUGUAGUUCGACGAUCAUCAUGCUUUUGGGUAAACAAGGGCCUGUAGUUUCUAUAGCAGCCAUAUUUGGAGGCUAUUGCAUAGUCAAGCUGGACCACAAUGCUAACAAUGAAGGCACCAGAAAUGUAAAUAUUGACCCUCUUAGUGUAACACAAUGGAGCCUGUUAGCUGUGUGCCUGUUUUUCUGCACUGGACACUGGUGUGCUUUUGAUGGCCUUCGAUAUGGUGCUGCGUUUAUCGGGUUUGAUGACUUCAUUCUAAUUCGACAAGCUAUUCUCCUUACAAUUGAUACGUUUGGCCUUUCUCUUAUCCUUCCGAUUUUUGGACUUCCAUUUCUUGUUGGCUGUAAUCAUUCCACAAGUCUGACUGGCGAAGGAAAGAAUGCCAUAUUUGCGUCAUUAUCCCUUGUAUAUUUGAUGUACGGGCUCAUCAUGGCUACUACUGUAACAGUCACUAUGAUUUGCGUCACUAUUCACAGGCGGCAUUUGAUGGUAUGGGGAUUAUUUGCUCCCAAGUUUGUUUUUGAUGUGGUGGGUCUUCUUCUUACAGAUAUCUUAAUCUGCUUGGCCUCACUUUACUAUUUUGGUAAGAAUUGCAGACAACAGGAUCAUACUACUGAAAAUUUGAGUGUAUCAUAAUGGAAAUGCUUUUAAAAAUCUUCUCACGAUAUGAAUUGUUAUAAGAAAAAUUUACAUUUAUAGGGGGCUAACUUGAGGAUAGGUGAAGCAUGUUGAAUUCAUUUUUGGUAGAAGGAAAUAUAACGAAAUGAUUGGAUUCAGUUUUGUGGUCUAAUUUGGGUAUUUCAAGUAGAGAAAUUGUGUAAAUUUGUAUAUUAUGUUAGUGUUGAGCUAUAACAUUUCAA